CUUGACUACUUACGAGCUUUUUGAGCUAAGCAAAAUCGGUAGGAAGGAAACAAUCCAUAGUGCUUAUAGCUAAUCCAUAGUUCCUUCCGGUGACUUUGGAAUUUCAGUCACCAUAGUUUCAUCCGGUCACUACCGAGAAAAGAGAGAUUGAAAAGUUUGCAUUUAUUUGAUUUUCAGAUUCAGCUUUGAUAAACUCCAGAACCAUUCUCAAAUGCCGGAAGCUGAUUUUUCGUUCUCCAAUCCCUCGGCUCCCGCCGGUUUCCAUGACGACGGUGAUCACGAGGGAUCAGCCAACCCUCUGAGCAAUGCGGACUUUCGCAAACUCCUCAUGACUCCCGGAGCCAGGCGGACCACCUCUGGGUCGAUGGGAGGAGGGGUCGGGACUGAUGCCAACAGGAAAAAGAGUGACAAGAAAAAAGGCGGUGAUGACAGUUCAGCUGGGGUAGACGGAGGAAUGGGUGGCGCAGGGGGCGAUGGAGAGGGGGAGGAGAAGCAGAGCAGGUGGGAGAGGAGGAAGAAGAGGAAACAGUAUUUCGCCAAACUACUCAAACAACAACAGGAGAGAGAAGAGGAGUUGUCACAGAAGUACAGAGAUAGGGCUCGCGAGAGGAGAGAUGGCAAAGUAGAUGAGACGGACGAAAGUGAACUUCUCCAAACAUCCGCCGACUACAGAGCAGUAGCCCCAGACUCAACUGCUUUCAAGACGGCGGCAGACAGAAGGAAGCAGGCGAUUGAGAACAGCAAGUACCUGGGAGGAGACAUGGAGCACACUCACUUGGUGAAGGGGCUGGACUUCGCCCUGUUGCAGAAGGUCAGGGCAGAAAUAGACACCAAGGAGGCGGAGGAGCAGCAACUGGACUCCUACGUUGCCUCGUCAGCGCCACAGAAUGAAAAAGAAGAACACGUGGCGCCUCAGUUUUCGACUGUCCUCGGACGCAAUAUCUACAACGUCAUAACUCGCAAGUACCCCGAGAGGAACGAGAACUUCUUCCAGGGGCGCAUGUUUUACCGCGUUGACUUAGAAGACGACCCCACAGACUCUUUGGCCACCGAUAUCCCGACAGCGAUUCUCCGGUCCAAAGCCGACUGUCCAGUGAAAGAGUCCCAAUUGAAGGACGCGACAAAUGACAUGGUGAUCGGACACUUGGCUCAGAUAUUGUCCUAUUUGCGACACGGUGACAAGCACAGAAAGGGAAAGAGGCGACUAGGAGCUGGAGCAGGGAACGAAAAGGGGCAGGGGGCCAAUAAUGAUCGAGACUACCAUUCAAGAGGCGACUAUCACAAGCAAAGUCGAGACCACAAGACCGACACUAUUUUUGAUGAUGUGAAUGAUUACGACCCGAAAACGUCUUCGUCGAAUCGGAAGCAUCACAGCGACCAUCGCGACAACUAUGGAAGAAGUAGAAACGAGACUCGCCGAGAUGAUCAUAGGAGUCGCAAUGGAGAAUCGAGUCGACAUCAUGGACAUGGCCAGAGUCACUCCUCGAGAGACACAGCAGCGGGAAGCUACUUUGACAAGCCAGCAGAAAGACUGAUAACAGACGAUGGAUGGUCCCAAAGUAUCGACAAGAAACGCGAACAGUUCAGAAAAAGAGCUGGGGAACAAGCUGCGGAUGAUUCAAUCUCGACCGCGAAGAAGGUAGCAGAAGAACUGGAGAAGAGACCGGCUAACAAGGUGGUCCCUGAUGGAUAUUUUGAGUGCUACCCAGACGCAGCUGGCUUCGCCGGAGGGCUGGAUGACUCAGACGAUGACAUCGACUGGACCAAAAUGGACAUGGGCAACAAAAAAGGACCUAUGGGCCGAUGGGAUUUCGAGACGCAGGAGGAGUACAGCAACUACAUGUCUAGCAAAGAAGCUUUGCCCAAGGCUGCUUUCCAGUUUGGUGUGAAAAUGAACGACGGCAGGAAGACUCGCAAGCAGCACGUGGGUCCCAAGGACGAGAAGAAAGCACUGGACAGAGAGUGGGAACAGAUCAGCAAAAUCAUCGACCGAAGAAAAGGGGGAGGAGCUAAUUAGAUGGACUGAGGUGGGCUCGAAUACAGAAGGAUGAGAUGGAAAAUCAAAGAUUCUUCCGAUAGAUGUAAUUUGUCGAUGAUGGUUUCCGCCAUCGCCAAUGUAAGUUGAAUCGUUCAGAAGUAUAGCGAAAACGACCGAAUCUUCAAUGCCUAUAGCCAACAAACUUGAAAUUCACAAACUGAUAUUUUAUUCGAAGUAAAAUUUCGU